CCCCCCGCGCUCUCUCGCUGCCCCCGACUUCCGCGAUGGCUUCCACCAAGUCCGUCGCCCGGCUCCUCGCCUACUCCCGGCCCACUGCCUUCCCUCUCCGCCCCUCGCCUCUGGGUUCCAUCGCAAACUUCUCUUCCUCGGUGAGCCGGGCAGCUACGCCGGCUGGCCCCCCCCAACCGGGCUUCCGUCUCCCCCCUCCGAAGAAGUGGGAUGAGGGCUCCGAGUCCUCCCUGGACAAGGCCAGCAAGUACUUCCUCAUGGCCGAGCUGUUCCGCGGCAUGUACGUCGUGCUGGAGCAGUUCUUCAGACCUCCUUACACCAUCUUCUACCCCUUCGAGAAGGGUCCUAUCUCUCCCCGUUUCCGUGGCGAGCAUGCCCUGCGUCGCUACCCUACCGGUGAGGAGCGCUGUAUCGCCUGCAAGCUGUGCGAGGCCAUCUGCCCGGCCCAGGCCAUCACCAUCGAGGCGGAGGAGCGUGUGGACGGCAGCCGUCGGACGACGCGUUACGAUAUCGACAUGACGAAGUGCAUCUACUGCGGAUACUGCCAGGAGAGCUGCCCCGUCGAUGCCAUUGUCGAGACUUCCAACGCCGAAUACGCCACGGAGACCCGUGAAGAGCUGCUGUACAACAAGGAGAAGCUCCUUGCUAACGGUGACAAGUGGGAGCCCGAGAUUGCUGCUGCUAUCAGAGCCGAUGCUCCUUACCGUUAAGCUCUAUCCGAGCCGGUCUGUGGAUGCCCAUCCGCCCCGGUCGUUCCAGGCCGGUCCUUCUUACCGCUCAGAAAAAGCGAUGCGAGAUAAACAUGAUAUCGGAAGACCAAUCUUCCUGGUUAGAAGCUGGAGGGUUUGGCGUGUGUGGCCAAGCCCUGUUCGAUUCCCACCCACUCUGUACAUAACUCACACCCACCCUCUCCGUCCCCCCCUGAUUACCUACCUCCUGUACUAGUCGGGCCCGCCGGAAUUCCUCCGUCGCCGGGACUCCGGCUCUGGUUUUGUCUUUGAUAUUGAAGGAAAUCCUGCAUGUCUCAUUGCCUCUAUUUAUUUUCUUUUCACUUUUGUUUGUCUAGGAAUCCAAUCAAAGAAUUUUUCCUUUGU